GGCACCACAACUAAAGCAGCAUAUUCAAUCCAAUUUUCCCUCAACAACCAAACUACUAUCCAAAUUACGUGACUCCCGUGAACGUACGUGCGUCACUAUCUUAAUUGUCUGCGUUCUUUUCCUCUUCGCUACAAGAAACUCCGCCCAUUUUCAUCACCAGCCAAUGGAAAGGCUAGAUUUGCUGUUAAAGCUUGAAGGCUGAAGCGAAGUGUUACCAAAGGGAGCUGUGUGUGGAUGUAGCGAUUGCGGUGAGAACGUGCCCCCACCAUAUCGUGGGUGUUUCCAAAUUGUAAAUAGAACGGACUUGCUUCAAAGAGACAGGAAAUAUAUAGAGAGAGGGUUCUAACUUUGAAUUAACACCACAUCGCUUGAGAGGCUACAGAUCAGCAUCGGUCAGGAUCAGGAUACAGAUCAGCAUCGGUCGGAAUACAGACCAUAUUUCUCGAAAACGUUACUCGGGCGGCGAAGCAGGAACUAGUUCUUCGUUAGAACGCAAAAGUUGCAAACUAGCGAAUCAGAUCCUGCAUGCAAAAUCCGUUACAAAAAUGGGUACAAACAGCGGAGGAUUCGACAUCCCGGAGAUUCAGGUUCAUCCACCGUCACCUGACCUGAGGUCCUGUACCUGCCCGGAGUCGUCUCCGGUGGGAGGGGACGGGGAUGCCUGCGACGUUACGUGCUGCCCGGGGAAACAAGGCCAGGAAGAAGGCAGCAGCCUUCUCUCUGUUCCCCACAGCAGAGCGGACCAGUACUUAUACAAGUAUCUGGGAAGGGCGCCGAAAUGCAGCGGGAAAUGCAUGCUCGCAGAAGCCGGGAAACUUGCUCCAAACCAGACCCUCUACGUGCAGGGGUCGCCCGAAAUGAGGCGGGCGCACCCUCGGUCACGCCGCAAGGAUGACACUCCGUACAUCGAUCCUAUUGAUGCUCUGCGUAGCAACCCUUCCCUGGACUUAUCCGAGGAAGCCGGAUACACUGAGCCUUAUAAUUCCCGAAAGAACUCAGCUUAUCGUUGGAAAAGCGCAAAAGACUAUCUUGAAACAGAAGAGAGGUCUAGGUACGAAAACGCUGCGACGGAAGAUGUUUCGAAGGGCGCAACAACAUCACCGGUCCAUCCGCACCAGUGCGUGUGCCAGUGUGGCAGGAACAUAGCGGCGGCACAGGAGGGAGUGGAGAGUCUGUCAGCGACCGAGGAGAGUCAGAAUUCUGACACGAGUUCCACAAACGUCAGGGAAACAGAACCCGAAAAUCAUGACUACCAUGUCGCUAAGCCAGCCGACCCCACUAUCUGCGAGCCUUACAUGGUGACCAACAUGACUGCCAUUACCCAAGAAUGGCAACCAUCUUGCAAUGAUAUCAAGUCGUCAGUCGAUGGCCAUGGCAAUGGCGUUGAGGAAAACAACCAGUACGAAGUCAUUCCAGACCACGCCGAAGCUGCUUUAGAGGAGAGAAUCAACAUGGAGGAAGAUGCCAUUCGGCGGGAGAACAGGGGACAUUAUUUCUUCCUCUUCUUGUUCCUGUUGCUGUUUGUAGCUGGGAUCGUCUGCCUUAUUCUGCGGUUCUCGACUUCAACGUCUCAGAAUGCACAACUCAGCACCGCAAACAUGAACGGACAUUUACAGCUUCAUCCAUAAUGCAGCGAUUAACUUUAGAGAAUCAUCAGAUGCCAUGCUAACUGAUACCGGUAGAGGACGCAACUGACCUACAGGUGUCAUCAUACUACAUAGAGUCUGGCGAUGACGGUCUAAAAAAUCACUUGCCGAGUGCUUCUCUGUACAAAAGCAAACUGACCUAGUCAGCAAACUCUUUGAAUCAUUCGAGGUGGACUCUGCAAGUAAAUGUUCAUAUCAAGACAUUGGUUUGCGUAUCAGUUGGCAAAUCCUUUUUUCAAAGUACAGAAAAGGGGAAAGCCUGACAGCGUGUUGUGAACGAAUGUGUUCAGUAGUUUCAUAUUCGCAGGAAACGUAGUGAGGUUAUAUGUAUAACUUGGUUUUGACAUAUGUUCAUCAACGAACAUGAGGAAAUAGCAUGAAAGAAAAAAAUAUUUCAAAAGAGCUGUGGUUUGUCAUACACACAUAUAUAGAGUAACAUUAGAACCAAAUGUAUUUUAUAAUCAACUAUCUAAUACAAGAGUUGUUUGUAAUUGUUAACGUCACAUUUUGCGGAAUGAUUUGCAUAUAUCACAACCAAAACGUCAAAUAAAUAUUGGGUUUUUCUAUAAACCUUUAUUCACCAGCUUCUAUUGUAACCCAUACACAUAAUGCAACAACACACUACUAAUAACUAUGAAGAAUAACAAUAAUAAGUAUAGUAUAUGUAAGUUAAUGAAUAAUUGAUUUAUAUCUUACACACUAUUGUUUGCUAAAGGUGAUUUUACGUUUAAGAUUUACCUAAUUAUUUCUUAUUUCAUAAUUCAUAUUACACCUUUACUUUUGUUUGCAAGCCCAAGCGCAAUUAUAAGACUGCUAUGAAUAUUUUAUUAUGAAUAUCUUGUUGAUUUUUUAUUUUUCCCUACUUCGUGUGAUUAAGGGAAAAUUGUCCAUACUUUUCUGAUCUUUGAAUGAUAAAUUAUCAUUUCUAGUAUUCAUAGUAUGUCUUAAUUGUUUUGUUGUUGUUCAUAUUGAAAUAUGCUAAAUGAUAUUACGUGUAUCUAGAGGUUUAAUAAAAUAAAUAGACUGAAAACUAAUCUCUCGCUGGUCGAGAGACAUAUCCAUUCUCAAAGUAAAGUGAACUAUAGAUUUGUGUAUAAGAUUAUUAAAACACCAAGAAAUCGAAUCUAUAUUGUAUACUGAUAAUAUGGUUAUACUAGACAUAUAUACUUGUAUUUCGCCUGUGAUCUAUAACAUUCUAUUCUGAAAUGAAAUUGAACUAUCACUUCAUGUACAAGAUAUAACUGUAAAUUAAUAUAUAUGAUGAUAUUGUGAUAUACAUAUUAUCUAUAACCAUGAUAGCCAUUUUUUCUUGAUCUAAGCAAUAUCAAAUAUACUAAACAUGUAUAUACCUACAUAUCAUAUUGAAUAAUCUCUAUUUUGCUUGAUGAAGAAAUACGCAUAUUGAAAAUAAAGCUUAAAAAUUGGCCGAUUAAUUGAAUGAUUGAUCCAUUGAUUUAUAAGCUUAAUUAAGCUUAUGCCAGACUUAACAACGUUUAAAUGGAAUGUCAUUAUCAUAGAACAGUUCAAAAUAGCUAGGUGUUGACCAACAAAAUUCGCCUGUCCCGUAGAGUAGCUGCAAGUUUUUGUUGCCAUCUACAUUGUCACUAUUUCCAUGAACGUAUGUUAGAUAUAUGAUACCAGGGCUGCAUAAUUAACUUUGUAGUCGUCCACUGUUCCGACUACGCAUGCGCAGCGACAGGAAUUAUGGGUAACAUGUCAACGAGUAAGGCCCCUGAAACAUAAACAAAUCACGUCUCUCAUAGAAAUCGAGACAUUGGCCCAGACGAGGACUGUUUACAAGUCGAGGGCCUUCACCUUUGACAUGUUACCCACAAUUCCUGUCGCUGCACAUGCGUACUUGGAAUGGCGAACGUGCUUAUACUAAAGGUUCCGGUUCGGAGUGGGGGGUUUUUACGAUUCGGGGCCGAUUUGACUGUCUCUGAGAAAAGCACUAGCGCUUCUCAAAACAUCGUUUUUCGGACAAUUCAAUGUUUCCGAUAGAAAAGGGUGCCUUGUCGCUGACCGACAGACUCAUUUGACAUUUUCUG